ACAUUUCUCUUUAGAUCUCUCUUGAAGAGGGCUGGUAUAUUUGUGCCUGCUGGAGGUGGAAUUAACUCUAAGAAGGAGGAAGAGAUUGAAUGGAUUUACAGGGAGGAUUUCAAGUAAAUUCUGGGAAGCACAUUUGCUUGAACAGUCUAACCUUGGGUCUUGGUUUACACUAAGACCAUACAAAAGAUAUUCAAGUUAUCACUAGGCUGCCGGGACAAACAUAAUUCCAACCCCAAGGUGCAGAUCAGCGUAGAUCUGUGUGAUUCAGACCUCAGGAUUUGUUUUGGAGAGAGUUCAAGCAUUGGGAAGAAGUCAGAGCAAGAAGAGAAAUUGGGAGCUGCAGUCCUAUCAGAAGACCAGCUUUCGUCAGUUCAAAUACCACAGGCCUGAUUAUCAUAAAUUCACAUAGGAAUGCAUAGGCUAUUUGAUCAAAUAAUUUUAGCCAGCUUUUGCUACAUCAACACGGCAAACGCUCUCAGCAACUGUGGAUAAUUAGCGAUCUGACUUGCAGCUUGCUUAGUGAUAAGUACUCUUGACUUGUUCUCCAACAUUGGAAGCGGGAGAAGAAAGGACUGAGGGUGCUGUGUUCAGAAAUAGCUCUGUCAUGAAGAAUAGGUAAAUCUGUUUUCACAGCUACUGCCAAAGUGGACCUCCAAGGAACCUGGAUUAUUAUUACUUUUUAAGUGGACAAGGAUUAAAAAUACCGACUUUGUGCCUUUGUACAAAAAUGCAUUGGACUGUGUUUUUACUUAGGGGUCUUGCGAGCUUCCUGUGGAGCGGCUGGGUUCAAGUGGGCUACGUAAAGGGAGCCUUGGGAGACAACCAUGUCCACUCCAGCUUUAUUUAUAGAAGACUCCGGAACCAUGAACGACGGGAAAUCCAGAGGGAAAUUCUCUCUAUUUUGGGUUUGCCUCACAGACCCAGGCCCUUUUCACCUGGAAAGCAAGCAUCAUCCGCACCCCUUUUUAUGCUGGAUCUCUACAACGCCAUGGCCAGUGAAGAAAACCCUGAGGAGUCAGAUUACUUGGUGAGGGUAUCCCUGGCAGGAGAGGCCAAAGAGGCAAGAAAGGCAUCCACUGUGGCUUCUCCCAAUGGGUAUGCUCAGCGCAUGCACUUAUCCCCCAGGGGUCCUCAGACCACCCGGAGCCCACCACUUGCCAGCCUACACGAUACCAACUUUCUGAAUGACGCUGACAUGGUCAUGAGCUUUGUCAACUUAGUUGAAAGAGACAAGGACUUUUCUCAUCAGAGAAGGCAUUACAAAGAAUUCCGGUUUGAUCUGACUCAAAUUCCCCAUGGAGAAGCAGUGACAGCCGCCGAGUUCCGGAUAUAUAAGGACAAGAGCAACCAUCGAUUUGAAAAUGAAACAAUUAAGAUUAGCAUAUAUCAGAUCAUCAAGGAAUACACAAAUAGGGAUGCGGAUCUUUUCCUGCUGGACACAAGGAAGGCGCAAGCUGUGGAUGUCGGUUGGCUAGUCUUUGACAUCACUGUGACCAGCAACCAUUGGGUGAUUAAUCCACAGAACAAUUUGGGAUUACAGCUCUGUGCAGAGACGGGAGAUGGACGCAGCAUCAAUGUAAAAUCUGCUGGUCUUGUGGGAAGACAGGGGCCUCAGUCAAAACAGCCGUUCAUGGUGGCCUUCUUCAAAGCAAGUGAGGUACUUCUUCGAUCCGUGAGAGCAGCUGGCAAACGGAAAAAUCAGAACCGCAACAAAUCCGGUUCUCCUCAGGACCCUUCCCGGGUGUCCAGUGCUGGAGAUUAUAAUACCAGCGAACAAAAGCAAGCCUGCAAGAAGCAUGAACUCUAUGUAAGCUUCCGGGACCUGGGAUGGCAGGACUGGAUCAUAGCACCAGAAGGGUAUGCUGCUUUUUAUUGUGAUGGAGAAUGUUCUUUUCCACUUAAUGCCCACAUGAAUGCCACCAACCACGCCAUAGUCCAGACUCUGGUACACCUGAUGUUUCCCGACCAUGUUCCCAAGCCUUGCUGUGCACCAACCAAACUAAAUGCCAUCUCUGUCCUCUACUUUGAUGAUAGCUCCAAUGUCAUUCUGAAAAAGUACAGAAAUAUGGUAGUGCGUUCGUGCGGCUGCCACUAGCACUCAGUAUUUGCGGUAAUAACAAAACAGAUCUGUAUUAUGUUUAUGACUGCAAUAAAAAGCAGGGAAAUGGGGAAUUUCCUAAAACCAGUCUGGGUCAUUUCAUCUCUCUAUGUAUGAUAUCAUGUAUAUCUGCUUUUUAUUUAUUUAAAAAUAUGUAUUCUCUUUUGGAUGCCUUACCAGUAAAAUCUACUUUAAAGGUACCCAUGUUACAUAAUAAAUUCCUACUCUUAAAAGAAAUAGAUUCCUACUCUAACUUUUGAUGGGGUGUGCUGAGUCCAGUUUAAUUCUAUGGCAAUGUUUUUUCCCAAUACUAUUAUAAAUGAUUUUCUGAUAGUAAAUAGAAAUCCUUUGAAACUUUAAUGUUGCUGAAAGGAAAUGAGUAUAUUUGCCUAUAUUAUACCAAUGACAACUAAAAUAGAAUAUUGAGAUACAAAGUUUUAGAAACUAACAACCGAAAUUAGAAAAAAAAUGCUUGGCUAAAUGAAAAUUUUCUUUUACCAUUUGUUCUUCUUUGGCUAAAGUAAAAUGCUGAGCUGGACCUUAAA